GCGCCGCAGCCAUGUCCUCCUACAAGCCGGGGAAGAGGAGGGAGACGCUGACGCGCAGCAGCUCCGUGCACGGGGGCAGCCCCAAGGAGCCUGUCUGACAUGUGUGUUCUGAGAAUGUCUGCAGGAUUCGAUCCCAAGGGGAAGCUCUGUUUCAAGCACUAUGGGUACUGCUGCUGAAUCAAAGAAAGGGAAGUUUCCCAUUUGGCCAGAAUGGAAUGAAGCAGAUAUCAAUGCAGAAAAGUGGGAUACAGGAAAAACCGGAAAAGAGAAAGAUAAAUCUGGAAAAAGCCCUGUUUUACAUGUCUUUGAGGACCCUGAAGGGAAGAUUGAAUUGCCACCAUCCUUAAAAGUGAAUUCAUGGAAACGCCCACAUGAAUUUUUAUUUAAUAAGGUUCCUGUGGUAGUGAAAAAUGAAAGUUGGUUUGACCUUUUUUCAGGAAAUGAACACUUAUUUGGUAGUGAGCUGAUGAGAUGGAUAAUAAGUGAAAUUUGCGCUGCAUGGAGGCUAUAUAAUGCAAAUGUUUUAAUUAAUGAUGGCAAAACUAAUAUAAAUGAAACACCUGCACUCUUUUGGAAGCCAUGGGAACAUAUAUAUGCCUUAUGCAAAGCUAUCAAGGGACAUAUGCCACUGUACAAUAGCUAUGGAAAAUAUGUGGUGAAGCUUUAUUGGAUGGGGUGCUGGAGAAAGAUCAUUGUGGAUGACACUAUGCCUUUCAAUGAAGAGAAUAAUUUGUUGCUUCCGGCUACAACCUGUCAAAUUGAACUUUGGCCAAUGUUGCUGGCUAAAGCUAUCAUUAAGCUGGCAAACACUGACAUACAUGAAUCUGGAAAAAGAGAAUUAGGAGAGUUCACUGUUCUGCAUGCCUUGACUGGAUGGAUACCAGAACUCAUUCCUCUCCAGUCUGGAUAUUUGGAUAAGGUUUGGAUCUUUUUAAAAGAUGUAGUACCAGAAUUUAAGCUACCAAAUGAGACCAUCCCUGAAUUCAAAACUCCUUUGUCAGAUACAAAAGCUAAAGAGACCAAAGGUCCUGAGGUAAAAAAUGAAACUUCCACUUCCAGUAAGCAGUUGGAGAAGCCUGAAAAAGUGGAGAAAAUUGGCAAAGAAAAGUCAGAAAUAAAAGAUAUUGUAAAAAAGAAAAGUAAAGAUGGUGAAAAAGAAAAAAAUAAAUCAGCCCCUCAUUCCGCACGGACCCUUACAGAGACUCGGAGUUCUCUUCAGUCCUUUGUUGAAAGCUCUUCAGUGCCAACACAGCCACAAAUGGUGGUGUAUGCUAACUGUAUACCUCUUCAUUUGUUUGACGAAAAUAUCUUUGCAUUAGCACAAAUGGCUGAUUCUUCUGAGAAGUUGAGGCAAUAUGGCCUUUCUCAUAUAUAUAGUCAUCCUGUGCUGGUGACCAGAACUAGGUCCUGUCCUUUGAUAGUGCCACCAAAACCAUCACCAAUCCCUCAAUGGAAACUUUUCCGCCAAAAAAAAGAAACCAUUGUGACAGAUGAAGCCCAAGAGCCUAUAGUGAAGAAAUCCGAACAGCAUAUUGAAAUUGCCAGUCCAUUUUUGAAUUACAGACUUAAUGUUAUCACAGUGCCCACGGAUGUCCAAUUUCUAUCAUCUGCCAUCAAAAAAGGAUUUCGUCUUGCAUCCACCCUCCCUUCAGUCGUUGAGUGUGAUGAAAAUGUAAAUGACACUUACCUGGAUGUGAAUCAAAUUAUGAAACCCUUGAUUAUGGAAGAGGCUUCUCAGGAGGCCUCCUUCGUUCAGCACCACAACACAGAAGGACCCAUGAAAGAAGAAUUAACUGAAUAUAUAAGUAAUGAUGUGGCGCAGACAUCAGAAGCAGCUGAUACUGGUGUUUACAGCCAGAUGGUGGAUAAAUCACAGGAAGAUAUUGAGACAGAAAGGAAUUCUGUUUCUAGGGAGACAUGGAUUAAUUUUGAAGACUUCUGUACUUGUUUUCAGUACCUACAUAUUUUCCACAAACCACAUACGUAUACUUUUAGUUAUCAGAAGGCAGAUUUUAAGUCUACUGAUGAUCGAAUCUUCUAUUAUUUAUUUGUGGACAGUUUGAAGCCUAUUGAAAUCCUGGUUAGUUUUUCUGCAUUAGUGCGCUGGGGAGAUACUGGAGCCACACAAAAAGAAGGUUCUAUUGUACCAAAGGGCACCCUCAUAGUUGAAAAUUUCUCCUGGAAAAAUGUGUCUCCUGGACAACUCUUACUAAAGAUACAUACGUAUGCGACUAAAGCUACUGUAUUAAACCUUCCUGCUGGGCGACAUGUGUUAAUCUUCACUGCAAGUUCUCCUAUAGGGCACCAUAUCCAUCUCUGUAGCAUGGUUCCAUGUGUCUUUGGAGAAGAGGAUACUGUUAUGCCAAACCUUGAAAAGGAGAGCUACCGGUUUAUAGAACAGGCUACAGCAAUCCUGAAGGCUAUCGCAAAUGUGAUAGAUAAUUUCAGCAGUGAGCCAAGACUUUCCAAAACCCUGAAGGAGUUGGAACUAAGUCACUGUCCUCCUGGUCUCAAUGGUACUGGGAUAGUGAAAGAACACUUCAAGGUUUUCAAUAAUGCUUUUUGGCAUUUGAUCAAACAAGUACUAGGUAACAAGGUUCCUCCCAAUUUUGAAUUCGCUUUCAGAUCUUUUACUUUGGACUUUAAAGCCAAGGAUUCUUCAAUGGAAGACAUUUUAUUUUCAGAUGUGCUAGAGCUUAAUAUUCCAGUUUCUUGGCAGAACAGAAUUGCAACUUCUGAAGAAGAAGCUGCAGCUCUUAAACUGCAAGCCAGCUGGCGAGGGACUUAUAUUAGAAAAGUGUUAAAAGGUAGAAAACCAGGGACAAAGGAAAAUGCUAAUGUCAAAGAAAACCUGCAAAAAUUGUGGAGUCUGAUUGAUCCAAAUUUUGAACAGUGUGCUGUAACUCUGUUAAGAGAAAUGUUUAAAAGUAACUGUAAGUCAAUUGAAAAGUUCCCCUGUUAUGAAGAUGAAUGGACUAAGACAUCUUUUGCUGAUUAUGUUGUAACAUAUUCUGAUCAGCCACCAAAUUGCUGGUUUGUGGUUUUUAGGGAAGUAUUUCAUGUGACAGAAGAUAUGCUUGUAGUACCAAAGGUAUAUACCACCAUCCCUACCUGUAUACUCCAUGUUGUUGAUAAUGACACACUGGAGGAAAUGCCACAUGUCUUCCUCAAAGUGGCACCUCGAGUUUAUAGCAAGAAUAAGAAAGGGUACACAUUUAUGGCUGAAGCACAGACUGGUGAUUCAGCUCUGGCUGCUGGGAAAUGGAGACUCCGUCUUAUUGGUUCAUAUAACCCACUCCCCUCACUCUCUCGUGAUGCUGUAAACAACUCUUAUUCCACUAAGGAAAUAAAAGACUAUUACAUACCUAAUGGAAAGCACAUUAUAUUCAGGUAUGCCAUAAAAGUCACAGCAUCCCAUAUUGCCACAGUGCAGGUACAGACCUCUAAAUCAGAUGUAUUCAUUAAGCUACAAGUCCUGGAUAAUGAGGAAGAAAUAGUGAAUACCAUUGGAAAGGGCCAUGCAGUCAUCCCUGCAUUUAAUUUCUUCUGUCCUGAAAGACCUUUAAGUUCUCAAUCAAGCAAAGGUCAAGUUGGCCAAGGCAGUGCGAAGAAGGACCCGGAAGCAGGGGUACCAAAAAGAAAGGCUACUAUUCCAAGUCAGAAGGGCAACAAGCCUACUUCCAAGCCAGGAUAUGUACAAGAAGGCCAGGCUGUAAUAGAAGAUGAAACUGUAUUGUCAACUUUUGAAAAGAAUGCUGGAGGUCCACAACAGUCUCACAAGUACAUUAUACAAGCACUGGUGUUGUAUGACAGUUGGCCACUUACUGAGAGUCAGUUGGCAUUUGUUCAGACACUGAAAGAAAUGGAGAAAAAUGAAAUCAAAGUACUACCCUGGUACUAUUGUGGCUGUCCAUGGGCAGAUCCAGGAUUUUGUAAAGGAGAGUGCAGACAGGUGCCCGACAGGGCAGGCAGACCAAGCUGCAAGACAGCAGCCAGGGACGUUUUUAAAGUUCCCAAACCAGUACAUGGUGAGAAACAUGAAGACCCUAUUCUUGCAGUAAACCAGGAUACAUACAAUUUUGAAGGCCAGAAAUCUGCAAGUACUCCUAAACCGACCAGAAAAACAAAAGAUAAAGCAACUGAAAAGGCAGAAAAAGAAAAGUCUAGCAAAGAUAAAACAGCACCUACAUCUCGACCUGAAUCUCAGCAAGCUGAUCCGAACAAACCUUACUGGAUCUUACGUUUAGUGAGUGAGCAGGGUGAGACUGAAACACUAGAAGUGAAGAAAGAUACUGAAAGAGCAGAUGAAAUCAAAGCCAUGAAACAAGCAUGGGAGUCUGCAGAACCAGGCAGAGCUGUCAAGGCUUUUCAGGAGCGCAUUCAGUUUAUUAAUAAGUACACACCGAAAAGCUCAGCAGAGCCUGCAGCUGAAGCUGAAAUUAACAGCAUUGUUCCUGAUCCAGGAGAAGGAGGUGCAGUUUCUCCUGUGCCUGAAAAAAAAUCAUCACCAGCACCUGCUGAUCCUGUCUCACAGGUUCAGCAAAAAGAAUGGGAACCUAUAGACCUUACCCCCUAUUUCAGAAAAACAAUGCCUGAGCCUGUGCUAAAAAACGAGUUUAUCAUUCAACAGCAGGAAAUGCGUAAAGCAGAAGAAAUCAAUCAUUUUAGGGAACUUCGAAAACAGGUUCUGGAACAGAGAGAAAAAGACCAAAAAGCUCGCAUUUUAUUGAAACAACGUAUGCUUGAAAUGUAUGAACAUCUACAAGAAUCCUUAGAUGAAGCACGAGGCAGGGUUCUCAGUGCUCGGGAAGCAUACAGAAGUAAGUUACUAGAGGCUGAGCUCAAAAAACAAGAAGCCCUGGCUACUGAAGAAACAGCCCCUCGAACAGAGCAAGAGAAGAAAAGCCCAGAUGCACAGAAAAAAAAGCAAGGAAAAAGUGCAGGGAAAAAAAAGUAACUUUGUCUGAGGUGUUGGCCAUAUUGGCUUCUUCAUUGUUGAAGAAAGAUGAUCUAUUUUUAAUGAUGAAAAAAGUAUUCAGCGUUUUUCUAAGGCAAAAUGUAUUACCCAUAUAAUAAGCUGUCUCUCUCAUUCAAGUGUUAUUACAAAUCCUUCUAGCAUUGUUUUAUCUUUUUAAUAUGACAUAUUUUAUGGUUUGGGUAUUAUAAAUACUAUCAAUAUAGUCUGUGUUUUACUGCAAUAAAUUGUUGCACUAAAAUAUUCCUAUUGUAUCAGGACUUUUAUCCCAUUACUAUCAUUCCAUUUUUCAACUCAAAAAAGUACCAAGAAUGAACUGAGAGGAAAAUAGUGCCUCUGAAAGAACUAAAUCAAAAGAAAAUGCCUAUUGUUCUUAGUAGGACAAACAGAUUCAAGAGACAUUGCUUAACUAUAUCGAUUUCCAAUUAAAAAUAUUUCCAAAUCUCCAGCUGCAAGAGUGAACCAGAUCCUUUUCAGGGUUUAUUCUGUUGGCCUUAAGUAUGUUAAAAUAGUUAAUUUGUUCUGUUAGAUUUUAAGUCUGAACGUUGCAUACCAAGAGCUCCUGAAGUUGAUGAUGAUUUCUGUUAUGUAUACUGACUGAACACCAUCACCCUGUUUUAUUACUAUGUCUCGCUAGACACCCCCAAACUAUUUGUUUACUGUAACGGUGUUCUUUUUUUAACUACAUGGCCAGCUACUUUUACACCUUACAGUGCACUGGCCAAAUUGACCCCCAUAUUACAGUUUUCAGAAGCCACAUGCUUAAUUGAACGUUCAUUUAAGGAGUGAUGUUCUCCAAUAAUACAGUUUCUGCUCUUCAUUUACAGUCCUUGUUUCUUAUUUUACCAUUGUAGUUUCAUUGAUUCAUGUGAUUCAUGUCCCCAGGUCAUACAGUACAGGAGCUGCUAAGUUUUCCCUUAUGGAGCCUUGAUUGGAGUUUAAAGCUGUUCCUCACAGGUAGAAACACCAGAUGUGUGCAGUGUCCUCCUCCCUGAGAGCUGAAAACUUUUCUGGAAGAGCUGCUUUUAUAGGUGUAGAAGACCACCCAUGUACACAUAUAUUGUUACCACAUGUGCUCUCCAUAGGUAGCAAAUUAUAGCCAGAAGCUAUAUGUUUGAAAGUUCUGUUAGACCUAGAUAGCUGUAAUAAGUGACUGAAAUAAUAGUGAGAGCAGCCAGCCAUAGGGGAUGUCCUCUAUUGGACUCCACUUUCUGUUUUUAUGAGUGCUUGCAGAAUAAGCAAUUCUUCCUUUAUUAAUAAAGGAACUGACUCCCACUGUUUUGGUUACCUCUCAAGAUAAUUAGCUUCUCACCGAUUGAUUUGAGUACCUCUGUUUAAUGUCAAAGUCAGAGAGUGACUGGCAUCCUGUUUCCGCCCCUGCACCUCCUCCAAAUAUACUAUCUGCAUUGUAGGAUCAGUCUCAUCUUAAAAGUGCUCACUGUAAAUACAUUUUAUAGUCAGCUUUCACCAAAUAGCCUCACACCAUUUGGAUAACCAACAGGGAGCAACUUAGAGCAGUGGCUAUUAAAAUUAGUCAGAGAUGGUCCUAAGAGGUCAGAUUGCAGUUAUAUUCUCUGUUCAUCCUUUCAUUUCCCUUCCUGGUGCAUUCCCAUCCAUCCCCUUGUGCUAGGGUCAGCAACCUAUAGCCCGUGAGCUGGCUGCUGCCUGUGGAGCCAUUAGAUCUGGUACAUUGACCUGGGGAACUUUGGUAGGAUUUUGGUGGCAGGGGGCUUUGCGGAGGCUGCGCCACAGCUAAAUGGCCCAGAGUUAGGUGGUGGCAGGCUUCAUCGGUGCCAUGCCUAUGCAGCAGGGAAAAGUGCAAGUGUUAGCCUAGCAUCAGCAUGCCUCCAACCUGAGCCAGGUCAUUCCAGUUUCCCACCAUGAAAAGGUUGCUGACCACUGCCCUUGCUAUUUGCUGGUCUCCCCAACAUCCUUCCCAUCUUAAGCAUCAUGACUCCCCCUCCACUUGUUCUGUUAUGUUCCUUUUCUGUUCUGUACCAUAUCUUGUGAACUUACAUACAGCUUCUGUAAUGCCUGUUCUUACCUGUCCACUGCUCUAAACCUUUGAUCUAAUUAAUUUUGUGUAUACACUCAAAUAUGAAAGCUCAAACAGAUUUCUGAUCUUGCACUGGCAGCUUAUAUUGAAGAAUCAGGAGUCUAGUACACUAUGCUUUAUUUGUGCAGGCUGCAAAUGAAAAGCUGUGUCAGUGUUCUGUGGUACCAGCUCACUUCGUUCUCUGCAUUUUGGAAUACAGCUGUAUUCUCCAUGAUAUCCAAUACCGUUUCCAUGGCAAUGGCACAUGUUAGCCUUUCUUCUUCUGUGAUUCAGUGAUGAGACUUCAGGAGAAGAUGAGGCUGAAGUUAUAUUCUUGAUGUCACAGUAAAUGCUAGCGUGACAUUCUGUUGUAAAAAUUGAACCAAUUCCAAAAAACCCCCCAGCCCUCCAUCAAAACAGAUACAUAAAUGUCAAGAAUGAUAUUAAUCCAUUUGAUGGCAAUCAGUCACUGCAUGUAAUACAGUUACAGAGUUUCACUUGUAGUCACAGUGUACUCUGAUCUUCACCAUCAAACCCAGUUCUGUUAAGAUAUGCAUAAUCCUAAUUUUCAUAGUGUCUCAUAUUAAAAGUUGUUGUGGCACAAGAUUCUCCUAUGUAGUUAGUAAAGUGUCUCUAUUGGGUCAUCUAUCAUUUUAGCUAUGUAAGCAAGGUGAUGGAGUAACUCAUGACAUAUGCUAUACAACUUAGUAUAGUUAGGAGUAUGGUGCACAAUAAAGUGUAUUCACUCCAAUCCAAGAUGACCUUGAAUUUAAGACACCCCUCCAAUAAUUAGGUUCUAUAUACGGAAGAUUUGUAAAUUUGUUAUAAUUUUCCAUGCACAGAAUCUAACUAUUGGAGGGUCAUCUUAUAUUCUCCCCCUCCACCGCUGCAGAAGAGAAAGCAACAGCAGGGGAGCAGGUGGCCUCUAACCCUUCCCCCCCUUGCAGUCUGCCCACCCCCCCAGUAAUGCUUGCAGCCCCUCCUCCUGCAUGCUCCCACAGCUUCUACCUCAACCUUCUGCUCCUUUCUGCAGCCUCUACUCCCUGCCUACUCACCACAGCCUCUGCCCACUCCCUCUCUGCAGCCUCUGCACCCCUGCCUGCCCCCUGCAGUCUCUUACUGUCAGCUCUGGCUCCAGCUGCAGCUCAGGCACCAUUCCCUCCUGAGCACAGAAUACAUGCAAGAUCUGGCCCCCAUCUGGCCACGCAGAAGCAGAAUUACUGUUAUGCUGUUGCGUGACUAGGUCAGGGGCCAGAGCCUGCAUGUAGGGCAGUAGUGGGGGUGCCAGGCAGAGGUGGGGGCAGGCAGCUCCUGCAGCUCUGACUCCCCACCUCCACCUUGUACUCAAAACAAAAACGAAGGGCUUCUUUUCCCAUGUUAAAUGUGGGGGGAACUUCUUCUUGGAUUCAGGUAAAUACAGUUUGUUUUACAUGUUCUGUACAAACAUAAUAUCUGGUCUACUAUAGACAAAGCCUUGCAGAAAAGACACUUGGUUUACAGUUUGUACCCCAGUUACUCAGAAUGCUAGGAAACUAUAUUCCAAAAGCAUCUGAAUGCUGAUGUUCCUAUUGUGUGCUUGUUUCAUGUUUUAAAGAAUCCACCUAAUCUUUUUCUUGUCAUGCACUGCUCUACAUUUUAGGCUACAUAUUUAAUAAUCUGAAGAAGGGGUCACUGCUGAAAUAUAUAUGAAAGUGGGUCUGUUGCACAGAUUUGUGGAUGUAAAGUAUCAGACACAUUGCAAUGCAUAGGAUAUCCAUAUAUAAAUGAUGCUAUGUAUUUAAAUUGACCUAAUUACUACCUAGAAUCAAAACAAGAAUAACAAGAGGCUAUAAUAUAUUUUCAGAAGUAUGAUGCACUUUUGCACUGUACACUUAGGAAAGUUUCCAGCAUCCAGGAUUUAAAUCUUGCUCAAUAUGAGCUCUUUUUCAAGCUGUUACCCUUUUAUUGAAGAAAUAUAUUUCCAAUGACCUGUACAAGAAAUACCAGUCUGCUCUUAAUUUACAGGCUGUAUAUUUCACAGUACAGAAAUAGCCCACAUUGUGUUAAGUUUAGCAUUUUCUCAAGAUUCCUAGUAAGAAAAGCCAUGAAAUUUGCACAGCUGUCAUUGCUGUUUGUAUUAGGCUUAACAUCCAGACCAGGCACUUAGGAUCAGAUACAACAAAAUGCAUAAAAGCAUAGAAAAGUAGGCCUGGAAGAGACCUCAAGAGAUUAUCUAGUCCAACCUCCUGCUUAAGGCAGGAUCAUCCCUGUCUAAGCCAUUUCUUCCAAGUAUUUGUCUAACCUCUAAAAAAAAAAACUUCCAAGGAUGGAGAUUCCACUGCCACUUUAGUCAAUCUGUUCCAGUGUUCAACUACCUGCAUAGUUAGAAAGCUCUAUCCUACCUAGAUGUUCCUUGUAACAAUUUAAGAUGUUUGCUCCAUAAGUGCAUGCUUAAUUGCUUCCUGUUGCAUAAAGAAAUUAAGCAUUGUAGCCAUUAGGACUGAACUACAUGCUCAAAUCCUUUGCAGAAUAGGAAUGGCUUCCUUUCAUAUGCGCAUACGAAGGGAAACCUGCUUAAGAGAUGAUGAUGAUGAUGAGCAGCACAGAAAUAGCUGUGAGUAGGUCAACAUGAUGGGGCAGCUGACAGCAUCAAACACAGGAGCAUAUUCACAUAGCCUCUCAGCUACAUGACAAACAAAUCUGCAAAAGUUUGCAUUUAGCUUUAUUUCUCCACCCCUCCAAUUUUUUGUGGUAAGAACAGGUCACACAUAAAGAACCACUUAGCUCAUUGUGUUAGCCUAUACAUUUUGAAGUUCAGUUGACUUGUGGCUUGAUUUAUUCACCUUUCCCUGCAACUUUAUUCACCUUCCCCUGAAAAAGCAGGCGAUUGCAUCUCAACAUAUUGUCUAGUAGAAGGGUCCAGCCUUCAAAAGUGAUGGAUGGUGGGAAUAGCUGUACUCUCCCAAUCCCUGGAGAAAUGAGAGCUAGUUUAAUAUUGUGGUUAGCUUUGUUUUUUUAACUGUGCUUCCACCACAGCCUCUAUUUCCAGCCUACAGGCUGAGCCUGGCACCAUCCAAUCCAUAUCCCCAUAACCCCAUGGGCAGGUUUCCUGGAAUUGUGGUAGUACCUGCAGGUUGUGCUGUCUGACAUAAGAGAACAGAUCCAAGAAUCAGUGGCAUGCCACAGUCUGAAUUUAUUCUUCCUCCAGAUCAGCUCUGCUGCCUCAGAGAUCUGACAAAAUCAGAGCAUAAGGCUCUGUUGCAGGUACUUUACAAGAACAUUAGCUGAUGAACUAUAUUUUUAUUUAGCCCAGGAUAACCAAGGACCCUCAAGAGGACAACCUUUUCUCCUCCACCUGUGUAGUGUUGUUUGCUACACUAAAAUACUAACAUCUAAUUUUUUUUCUGUGUUACAUUAGAUGUAGCAAGUGAUAUAGAGAAAAAAAUUAGCAUUCUGCUAAAGUUUUGGAAAGCUCUGCAGUAGAAGAUAAGCCACAUGGAGGAGCAUUUUCACCUUAAAGAUUGGGUUGCCAAGAAUUCCAACAUAAUUGCUGGAAUUAUCUCCAACAACUAUUUCAGCAAAGAACUGUGCCUUGAUUAAUUAACAGAAAUGAGAAUGAAAACCAGCCGUAACUUUAGAACCAGAAUGUGCUCAUUAGUAAAUCCAUGAUAUAUUUUUGGCUCUGCUGUGCUUGGUUGUUCUCCUUUUUCAUUUCAGGGAAACCAGUAAAGUUUGCUGCAGACUUGCUGCUUCUGCAAAGCAAUGCAGAAAACUAGAGAAGAAAUAACUCUCCAACUGCUCAUGGGUUCACCCAUGUGAUGAG